AUGGCGGUCUAUUUCUCGCCUAGAGCGUUGUACGCUCUGCUAGCUUCUGCUUUUCUUCUGUCAGUUCUCUGCGCUGCGGACGCAGUCGGUGACCUUCAGACCAAGGGACGAGCGGCUGUUGAUGUUGCCAUCGCGAAGUCAACGACAUGUACGAAGGACAAGCUGCGUGUAAGGCGAGAAUGGGGCGACAUCACUGCUGCGGAGAAGAAAGCAUACAUCGCCGCUGUGCAAUGCAUUACCAAAGCUCCUUCCAAACUCAACCCAACCACCUAUCCCGGCGCCAAAACACGCUACGACGACUUCGUGGUCAUCCACAUGAAGAACACGCUCAACAUCCAUGGCACGGGCAAUUUCUUGUCCUGGCACAGGUAUUACACGUAUGCGUAUGAGCAAGCGCUCAGAACGGAAUGCGGGUAUAAUGGAACGCAGCCGUACUGGGACUGGGGACGCUGGGCCAACCCCGAAACCUCGCCCAUCUUCGAUGGCAGCGACACCAGUAUGAGUGGACAAGGCGAGAAAGUCACGCAUAACAGCAACGGCAUCAAACCGGCUGGAAACGGCGGCGGCUGCAUCGCGUCCGGCCCCUUCAAAGAUAUGAAGGUGAAUCUUGGCCCCAUGGCAGCAAUGAGUGACACCUCACCCCCCAAGAACCCGCGCUCAGACGGCUACGGCUAUAAUCCCCGGUGCAUCAAGCGGGACAUCAGCGGCUACCUCGUACAGCGCGAUGCCACGCCGGCGAAGAUAGCAGCACUCAUUACGGGCAGCGCAGGGGUUGGGCCGUUCCAAGAUAAUAUGCAAAAUCAGGGGAACGUCCACAUAGCAGGGCAUUUCACUGUCAGCGGGGAUCCGGGAUCUGAUUUCUACACUUCGCCCGGUGAUCCCUACUUCUAUCUGCAUCACUCCAUGAUCGACCGCACUUGGUACAUCUGGCAGGCGCAAGACUUUGCCAAUCGCCAGCAAGUCAUCGCCGGCGGGACGUCAAUGAUGGGUGGCGGGCGAGCGCAGAGCCUUGAGGAUGUUGUGGAUUUGGAGGUGCUGAAUGUGGAUGGAAAGAGCUAUAAGAUCAAGGAGCUGGUGAGUACAGUUGCGGGUCCGUUUUGUUAUAUCUAUGAGUAG